AUGCCCGGCGCCGCCGGGCGCGGCCCGGCCCGCCGGCGCAGCCGGGGACUCCCGAGACUCAGUCCCCGGGGAGGCCGGCUCAACCUACUGAAUUUACACUUCGAAUUUCCUUGCAUCGAAAUGCACGGAAUUUGCGCGCAAAGUGAAAUGCGGUGCGAUGCGCUGGAGCUGUUGCUCUCUCCGUUGCCCCUCAGCGCCUUCCUUGAGAGUCUUGGUGAUGUCGCAGAGGAGAGGAGCAGCCAUGGCAGCAAACUGAGCCAUCCCUCCGCUCACAGCCAUGGCCCAUGCGCGCACAAGAGCAAUGAUGCGCUUGACUUCCUGCUCCCAGCCAUGCCCUCAGGUUGCCUCCCGCAGAACCUCAUCUGCAAGAGUCCACCAGUGAGGUGUGUCCCUGUCCAGCAAGGUCAUCAGGGCUGCGAGGAUAGUUUCAUCCACCACAUCCAUACCAAUUCAAGAAUCAUUAUCUCGCAUUGGAAGCUCUGCCCUGCCCAGAAAGCAAUCAAAGGAACUACGUAUGAGGACACUUUCAGGAGCCAGAUGCAGCACCUGCAGUCGAUGAAAGCUGGCGAAAGCAAGAUCUUGUUCUUGGCUUUCCUGCACGUCAGCUUCAUAGAAGGCUUCAUAGACAUGAAGUAUGACUACCGCAACCAUGAUGAGUCUUUGAGCGGAAUCACCGCAUUUUGUGCAAUUUCGAACCCGCGUUUCAGGUUCUUCAACAGGCUUCUCUCCCUGAAGAACGGUUCAUGGCCUGCUUUCACGGGGCCCGUUUUCGACUCGUUUCUCGAGCUCCCUGAGAGAGAGCAGCUCGCUCUGUGCAAGAUGCUGGUUACGGUCAAUGUGGGACCAUACGGAGGCGACUGGCUGCGAGCUUUCAACGAGCAGACGGUCUUUAUCUUCUGUGAAUGA